CGACCAGUUCGUUCGGUUUGCAGCGGCCGGUUCCGCUUGGACCGCGCGGCCGUCGAAGCGUGUGAAUCACGGCCUGCGUGGCCGUCGAACAGCGCCAUGGACCUCAAAAUCACCGAGAAGUCGGCGGUGGCGCAGAAGCAGUUUAUGGAGAAAGCCGGGAAGCUGGUGGCGAAAAUGACCAAGCCGGAGCAGUUGACCGAACUCCUGGAGCUCUGUGCGAGCGAGUAUAUGAAGCUCUUUGGUCGCUUCGGCACCAACCCGCUCCUGUCGGUGAAGGGGGGCAAGCCCAAGCCCCGCUAUUUGAUCGACCGGGACGAGGUCUGGGUGAUUUACAAGCCACCGCUCUGGCAGAUGGGUGGCAUCCCUCGGUCUUGGACUGCCAAAGUGCAGCGGCUUGCGGCUGAGACAAAGGGAUUGGCUGAAGCCCAGAAGAAGAUGGUGGAUGAGCCCAGAGCCUCAAAUCUUCAGGAAUUUCACGGUCUCACGCAUGGCCUCCGGUGGAUCCAAGGAGAGGAUAUCACGGAUCCAUGCAAGAAGAGUGUGAAGGACUGGGGCUUCAUCCAGCGUUUGGACCUGGAGACGGACGGCCCGGUGAUCACAGCCAAGACCUAUCGCGCGCAGCGCAUCCUGCAGGUGCAGUUGAAGGAGCACAUUUUUUCCAAGGCCUACAUCUGUCUUGUUCAUGGGAAGUUGGAGAAUCGCAUCCAUUCGGUGCGGGGCAAGUUCGCUGAGAUGGGUGGUUUCGGUCAGACGCAAAUCAUGCUGAAGCAUCCCGGCGCUGGCUGCGGCCAUGCCGGCUCCGGUUUUUUGGAGAUCCUGUGGAAGAGAGGGGAGGCCCUUGCAGGUAUGGAAUAUGGAUUGACUUGGAUUCGAGAUUUGGGCUUGGUCUUAGCAGCUCAGAAGUGGGCAGUCGAAAUGCGUUGCUGAUCAGACCUGCUGGUGUGCAGUUGAUCAAUUUUUUUGAAGGUGGAAUUGUUGGAAUGUCUUAUGGUCUAGGGGUCUAUAUAGGCCCUUCCCAUUUAGCUUCAUAUCUCGUUUCAACUUUGGUUGAAAGAUCAGGUUGGGUUCAGCCACUGAGCUCAACCGAAAAAGAUACUCUUCGGAUGCCGGCUCACGUGCUUGAGGCACGACGUAGCCAGCGAUCCCUUCUACCAGGUUUCUCAGAGGGGUUGGUACAAGCAGCGGGAAAUACGUGAUGCCAAGACGCUGCUCAAGCCCAUGGCCUACUACAAGAAGACUCCUCCCCAAGCCUCAAUAACUUUUUGAGUUCUUGACAUUUGCUGCACAUGUUUAGUGAAGCAGAUAGGGAAAGAACAGAACGAGAGGAUGAGAGGGUGAGAGAGAAUGAAAGAUGGAGAGAAGGAGGCAGAGAGACGGAGAGAGACAGAGACAGAGAAGGAAAGAGGGGGAUAAAAAGAGAUAAGAAUAAACAGAGAAGGAGUCAUGGAGAGAAAGGAGAAAGAGAGAAUAAGCAGAACUUGCAUUACUUUCUCUCACAGCUGUGGCACGUUUGCUGGCGUCAGGAAAGAUGAUGACUCUGAAUACACUUUGGUCGCUUGCUCUCUCAAAGAAUUUCUGAUAUUUUUAUGAUUUAUGAUUGCCUUUUCUGUCUCGCUGAGCCCAUGGCAAAUUGCCGUCUCUCAAGCACACUCUUUCAGGUGUAUGUGAACAUCCUGAGCGGCAUCACCCAUCAAGUCCGAAUCACCAUGCAAAGC